AUGCUGAUGUUCUUGGAGAAAACUCAAAUGGUGAUUCCCUGCUUGAAUGGCUGAACACGUUUCGUCGCACAGGAAAUGCCACUCGCAGUGGACAGAGUGGGAACCAAACCUGGAGAGCUGUGAGUCGAACAAAUCCAAACAGUGGGGAGUUUAGAUUUAGUCUUGAAAUCAACAUAAAUCACGAACAUAACAGCUUUGAAAGUGCUGGUGAGGAGUAUGUGGGUACAGAUAGUAGCAGAACAUACUUGGGAAGAAGACAUCAGAGAGCUGCCAGUCCAGCAGCCCCACGAACGAGGAGCAGGACCACAAGAGAGGCAAACGGUGAGGCUACGAGCACGGCGAGGACCAGGUCUGUGAGAAGUUCGGUGGCAGAGAGCUCUGGAGCAGCCUCUCCAGUCUCGGGGAGGCUCAGGAGUAGAACGAGGGAGUUGAGAGGCCUUUCCCAAACCAAUACUGCACGUAAUAAUUCCGCAACUACCAGUGGACAAAGAGAAAUUCCAGAAAGAGGCACUUCUGCAGGAGUCACGAGAGGUAGAGCUAGAACUAGUGUUCGCAUGAGUUCAAACCAAAGACUAGAAAUUCUGCGGCUGAGGUCUACUCUGAGUAGCCGCAGCCGCUCUCCACUGCAAAGACAAGGGGAUGCUGCACGUCCUGAGGAGCAUGGGCAGAGGCAGGACAGAAACGCACAGCCAGCCAGCAGAGGCAGAAGACAAUCAGCUCAGCCUUCUCCACAGCCUGCUGACGAACAAGCGGGAGGUAACACUCAGACUCCUCAACUUUCUAGUGUAGCCCCAUCCUCGGGAACAACUUCAGGAGAGGAGGAAUCCCGUAGGCCUGUAGCUGCUGUUAGAAGGCAUCCAACAAUUACAUUAGAUCUUCAGGUGAGAAGAAUUCGUCCUGGAGAAAACAGAGAUCGGGACAGUAUUGCCAGCAGGACUCGUUCUAGAGUGGGAAUGGCAGAGAACACGGUUACCUUUGAAAGUGACAGCGGGGGAUUUCGCCGCACGAUCUCGCGGUCGGAGCGCGCGGGUGUUCGCACCUACGUCAGCACCAUCCGCAUCCCCCUGCGCCGCAUUUCCGAAACCGGGCUCGGAGAGCCCUCCUCGGUGGCUCUUCGGUCCAUCCUCAGGCAAAUCAUGACAGGCUUUGGAGAACUGAGUUCUUUAAUGGAAACUGAAUCUAACGCAGAGGUGCAAAGGGGCAGUCGUCACCCCGUGGAUGCACGGUCAGGGCAGAGUCACUCGAGUUCAGCAAACAACAGUGGUGACUCAGGUGAGGUUUCCUUUAGGAACGGGCGUGCAGCAGAAGGCAGCAGGGAAACAAACAGACAGAGCAAUGGUGCUCAGCGCUACGGUCGCCGUAAUGUGAACCGAGAGAACAGGCAGUCUCAGGAUGCCAACAACCUGGUAGAAAAUGGAACGCUGCCCAUACUUCGACUUGCCCACUUCUUCUUGCUGAAUGAAGAUGAUGAUGACGAUCGUUUAAGAGGUUUAACCAAAGAGCAGAUUGACAAUCUUUCUACUCGGAACUAUGGGGAUAUUCAGACUGAAGAUGAAAUAAGUAAAACGUGUAGUGUUUGCAUUAAUGAAUACGUCACGGGGAAUAAGCUAAGGCAGUUACCUUGUAUGCAUGAGUUUCACAUUCACUGUAUCGAUCGCUGGCUUUCGGAAAACUCCACCUGCCCCAUUUGUCGGCAGCCUGUGUUGGGGCCUAAUGCCACAGAGAGCAGCUAG